AUGAUAAGAGUAAUAGCGUAUUGCAGAAAAAUUUUACAAAGGAAUAAACCUAAGUGUAAAAGAAAUAAAGAUUAUUUAAAGACGGAAGAAUUAAAAGAAGCGUUAGAAGCCUGCAUACGUAAAGAUCAAGAAAAUAAUUUCAGUGAAGAGAUCAAGGCUAUAAUUAUAAGAGAAGAAAUUAAAAAGAACAGUGCAUUAAAAGCUUUAACACCGAUACUAGAUGAAGUAAAGAUUUUAAGAGUUGGAGGAAGAUUGGAGAAUACAAGAUUAGAACACAGUAGAAAGCAUCCUAUAAUAAUGGCAAAGAAAUCGAAGUUAACAGAGUUAAUUAUUGCUGAUGCACAUAAACAAACAUUGCAUGGAGGUUCACAAUUAACAAUCAAUUACAUUAGAAACAAAUAUUUUAUAAUAGGGGAUAAGCAGUUAGUAAGGGCGCACAUAAAAAAGUGUGUCAUUUGUGUAAAAAACAACGGACAUACUCAAAAUCAGCUCAUGGAACGAUUACCUACAGUGAGGGUAACUCCGGCUCGUCCAUUUUCGCGUAGCGGAGUUGAUUUUGCGGGUUCCAUACAAAUGCGUUCUGCAAAAGGUCGUGGACAUCGAUCGUACAAAGGGUACAUUUGCCUAUUCGUGUGCAUGUGUACAAAGGCUGUGCACCUAGAGGCCUACCUGGCAUUUUAUUCCGCCGCGCCGCGUAUUUUAUACGCGCUCAACUCUGGUGGACUGUGGGAAGCCGGUAUCAAAUCCACGAAAACGCAUCUUAAACGCGUUAUCGGUACGUCUACUUUGACUUACGAAGAGAUGGCAACAGUCUUAGCACAAAUUGAGGCUUGUCUCAAUUCGAGACCCCUCUCAAGACUAGACGCAGACCAUGAGAACAUUGACGUCUUGACACCAGGGUAUUUUUUAAUUGGCGAACCUUUAGUGAUGGCCCCAGAUCAUAAUUAUGAGACGUCUAACGUAAGUUCUCUCAGGCGAUGGCAAUACACUCAACGCAUGAGUCAAGAAUUUUUGCGCAAAUGGUCAAGAGAGUACUUAAAUCAAUUUUUUCAUAGAUACCGAUGGUCAACCCGAAUACCACAGCCGAAAAUAGGGGAUAUUGUUUUGAUUAAGGAGGACGGUCUCCCCCCAUGUCGUUGGCUUUAUGGUAAAAUAGUUGAAGAACAUCCAGGUCAGGAUGGAAUCUCGAAGGUGGUCACGGUUAUGUGCAAGAAUUCGUUAAUAAAGCGUCCCACAAAUAAAAUUUGUAUUUUACCUGUAACCCAAUGA